AUGGCAGCCAAGCAGACAGAGCCUGUGACAAUCAUCAGCCUUCGGAAACUGAGCCAGGCAGCCCCAGAACCGCAGCAGAAAGAGACCAAGACAUUCACCGUGGAGGAUGCGGUGGAGACUAUCGGCUUCGGGCGCUUCCACAUCGCACUCUUCCUAAUCAUGGGCAGCACCGGGGUUGUGGAAGCCAUGGAGAUCAUGCUAAUAGCAGUUGUGUCUCCUGUUAUCCGUUGUGAAUGGCAGCUGGAGAACUGGCAGGUGGCAUUUGUCACCACGAUGGUGUUUUUUGGCUACAUGGUAUCCAGCAUCCUCUUUGGUCUCCUAGCUGACAGAUAUGGCCGCUGGAAGAUUUUGCUGCUCUCGUUCCUGUGGGGAGCCUACUUCUCCUUACUGACUUCCUUCUCUCCCUCCUACGUCUGGUUUGUCUUUCUGCGGACAAUGGUAGGCUGUGGUGUGUCUGGCCAUGCACAAGGGUUAAUCAUAAAGACUGAAUUUUUGCCCACGAAAUACCGAGGCUACAUGCUACCCUUGUCUCAGGUUUUCUGGCUGGCGGGCUCCCUGCUCAUCAUUAGCCUGGCCUCCGUGGUCAUCCCUACCAUUGGGUGGCGCUGGCUCAUCCGCAUCGCCUCCAUCCCCGGCAUCAUCCUCAUCAUGGCCUUCAAGUUUAUCCCUGAAUCUGCUCGCUUCAACGUCUCCACUGGGAACACCCAGGCUGCACUGGACACCCUGGAGAGCAUUGCUAAGAUGAACCGCUCGGUCAUGCCAGAGGGACAGCUGGUGGAGCCCAUCCUGGAGAAAAGAGGAAGAUUUGCAGAUCUACUAGAUUCUAAAUACCUUCGGACCACAUUACAGAUCUGGAUCAUAUGGCUAGGAAUUUCUUUUGCCUAUUACGGGGUGAUCCUGGCCAGCGCUGAAUUGCUCGAGCGGGAUCUGGUCUGCGGUUCGAAGUCGGAGUCAGAACCAGAGGUGGUGGAGACCCCAGGGGACUCAGAGGAGAGUCUGAGUCCCUGCUAUUGCCACAUGUUUGCUCCCUCUGACUACAGGACCAUGAUCAUCAGCACCCUCGGGGAAAUUGCUUUGAACCCUUUAAAUAUCCUGGGCAUCAACUUCCUGGGCCGACGCCUGAGCCUGUCCAUCACCAUGGGGUGCACGGCUCUGUUUUUCCUUCUCCUCAAUAUCUGCACUUCAAGUGCCGGUCUCAUUGGCUUCCUCUUCAUGCUGAGGGCCCUGGUGGCAGCAAACUUCAACACCAUCUACAUUUACACUGCUGAGGUGUACCCAACCCAGAUGCGCGCUCUAGGGAUGGGAACCAGCGGCUCCCUAUGUCGCAUUGGAGCGAUGGUAGCUCCAUUUAUAUCGCAGGUCUUAAUGAGUGCCUCAUUCUUGGGAGCCCUGUGUCUUUUCUCAUCUGUCUGUGUUGUGUGCGCCAUUUCUGCAUUUACUCUUCCCAUUGAGACCAAAGGACGUGCUUUGCAGAAUGCCAUGCCACUGACCAGUCACAUGGCCAGAUGGCGCCUAAUGGCUUCACCUCCCCAGACUCGUCAGUCCUGCCGCAAAGGACUGGCUUUUUCCCCUUUUGCGUUUUCCUUUCUCAUUCUUCCUUUCAUGAUUGGUCUAAUUAACAUUAAAGAUUAUGAAGGCAGAAUUAUUUGGCCUAUGAAUUUUGGCCCCGAGCUCACUCGCUCGCUCGCUUUUGUGUUUGGGCUCCUUAUUUCUCUGGAGGCUGUGGAUGAAGGGAGGACACAGGCUCCUUUACACAGUUCUAUGCUCAAGUCCCUGGGAACUUGGGACCACGGCUCUCAGAAUAGAACACGGAGGCCUACCAAGAUCUGGUUAUCACUGAGAAAGGAGGGUCUGGGGACUUUUGUACCUUAG